AAAUCACCAUCAAAUGUGAUCUGAUCUUUGUCAAUAUCACACAGAUGUAAAAACAGUAUCUGCUUUACAGCAUGCAAACAAUGACAGAAUGGGGAAAAUAAGUGAACCCUCUUCCUAAGGAGACAAUUAAAACAAUUUUUUACCAAACAAUUUAAGUCAGGUGUGUGCUCAAUCGCUGAUGAGUGGUUUAAAGCUGCCCUGCCCACUAUAAAACACACACCUGGUGAGAAUUUUGCCUGGCUCUGCCAGACUAUUCUCCCUGUAUUUUUCAAAAACUGAGAGAAAUAGUCUGGGAACCAUCCCAUUAACGGCCUCUCGAGCAGGUACAAAAUCAGUCGACAAAUCAGAUUCGUUUAUUUGCGUGACGUGUUCUUACCGAGCAACGUCACUCUUGCGCAUCGAAAGUCGUCUCUACAACACAGAUGGUCAACGGGAGAGCCGAGAAUAUGUUCCAAUCCACGGUAAAAUCAGUUUUAAAUUACUAAAAACACAUCGACGCGAGUCAUUGACCACAGUCUGUCUCGCGCUAGCCAUGUUGAAUAAACUCCGCUCUCUUCGUAUGUUUACUUCCGCAAGUUUUUAAAAAUGUGUAAUUGUAUUUUUAUUGGUUACGGGCGCGUUUUUUUUUUUUUUUUUUUUUAAAUUAACCUGCAGUUCCACCGCCAUCCAGCAGAGAGAAACCUACACAUAAGGGUCUCCAACUUUAACUUCCGCUUGAAAGACCAAAAUGGGUGGCGCCAAAGCUUGACAACAAAGCGGUUACCUUCUACACUGGCAACCACAAGCAACUGUCCUUUUAUUCUCAAUUGGAUAAAGUUCAACUUUUAAAAGCAAAAGUCUCGCGGAUUUGUUCUGGCUUUUUGAUUGUCCAGAUGUCCAACAUGGGUCCGAUGAGCAAGCAUUAUUUUCUCGUGCUGUCCAUCCUGGAAGGUCGCGACUUUCCUAAGUGCCCUCGGCUCGGCCUGGAGGUUCAGGCGAGCUUCGAUGGUGAGCAGCUGAGCACCGCCUCUGUGGAACACCUGGACAAGCCGCAUUUCAACACCGAGCUGGCCUGGGAGAUGGACCGCCAUACGCUCCAGCUGCACAGACUGCAAAGGACCUCCAUCAAGCUCCUGUGCUUUGCCGUCGACACCAGCGGUAGGGAGAGUGUGGGCUACAUCCUGCUGAACCUCAAUUCCGUGUCGGAAGUCCCUCAGGAUCCUCGCUGGUACACGCUGCUGAGCAGCAAAUAUACGAAGAAGAAGCCGUCGCUGCUGCUCAGCAUGGUGCUUGAGAACGCCCGUAAGUCUGAGCAGGUGACCAAUACCGAUGGAAUAAAGGACAAGAAGGCCCAAAAAGCGCCCCGCGCAGAACCACCUCCACCCCCACCCCCACAGCCCCUCUCAGAAAACCUGGUGGCAGUUCUGGUGCCUGAGCAUGGGUACUAUCAGGUGGGACCUGAAGAAGACGCUACUGCCAUGUUUGUGCUGUCCGUCACGGUCGCGUUUGCCACCAAACUGGAACAUUUGAUCCCCAACACGUUAAAGCUGUCAUCAGAGGAAGCCGGCUUCUUCUUCUUCUACACGCUGCUGGGCAACGACAUUACCAGCAAACCCUUCCAGAACCUCUUGAAGCCGGACUUCCAGCCCGAACGUGCUUCUGUGCGCGUCCGCAGCAGCGAAUGCUUCUUGCGCACCUUCUUUUCACAGCAGCCGACUUUGCAGAUCCACCUAUGCUGUGGCACGUACUCGCUCGGCACCGCGGACGUGGCCCUCGCCAGGCUGGCUGGGCUCGCCGAGAACCUUGAAGAGGCGGCUACGGUCGAGGGCGUGUUUGCGCUGCAGCCGCCCGCCCGCUUUGAGCGCACGCUACCGCCGCUACCCGCCGACCUGCAGCCUAAUGUCAGCGUGGCCGUGACGCUACGUCGUGAGGAUGGCCCAGCGCAGCUCCAGCCUUUGUCCGUCAAAGAAGGAAGUAAGACAUGUGCUGUCGAGGUUCCUGCUGCCGAGGACCAAAUUGCAAGUUCAACUCCGAUCCGAAACCCUCCGGAAGUUUCACAGUCGCCUCCAAGGACCGCUCGUCCUCCCUCGCGUAUCCAGCAGGAGGCAGAUAACCAGCAAGAGUUGCUGUUGCGCGCAGAGGUAGAGCCACUCGCCCAAAAUAAGGCCCACGGAGACAGCGCCGCUUCCUCUUUCCUCAUCUGCGCUCCCAAAGUAUCCAUUCCGUCAUCUGCGCAUCACUACUGUUUCUCUCUGGACCUUUGCAGCCUCAGACAGAUAGGACUCACAUACACCAUCGCAGCCACGCUCAGGUACUCGUACCAGUUCUUUGGCAGCACGGCUCCAGUGAUGACAAGUCGCCCAGUGGAGCUGCACAGGCACAUGGACGUGUCUCUACCUCACUCGUACUGUAAAUUCGAUUUUGCCGCUAUGCCGCAGCAACUGCAGGAUGCCUUCCUCAGAGUUCCUCUGGUGUUGGAGCUGUGGCACCAAGACGCCAGCAGUAUUUUGAUUGGUCAGGCCUCGCUACAGCUGUCCCGCCUCCUCGCCAGCGAGAGGAGUCGACACCCGGCCAGCGUGAGGGAGGCCGCCUGGCGCCAAACGCAUCAGGACCGACUGCCCUUCUUCUCCACUCUCAGUUCCAACGAGAAAGUGGCAGAGUUGAGCUACGUGGUUACGCUGGAUGACUUUGGACCUUUUAACGUUAAGGACAUCCCCGUGUCUGAUGCUGCUCAGAAGGAACCCCUAGCUCCUCUGCAGGAAGCACCCGCCCUUCCCGUGGCCCCCGUUGCGGCACCUGCGCCCCCACGGGAAACCCUGGAGUACCGAACUGCCUUGGAGCUCGAGCUGUGGAAGGAGACUCAGGAGGAUCUGUUCACUGAUCAGCUGAGGAAGAAGGAGUUAAGUCACAUGCAGGCUCUGGCAGAAGAAUGGAUGCGACGGGACCAAGAGAGGGAAGCGUGGGUGAAAAAAAAGGAGAUGGAGUGUAGUCGUUUGGAGGAGCAACUUCAGAAGACUCUUGCUGAUCUGGAAAAGAAAGAAAAAUAUUUGAUGGAAGCUGAGCGAGAGACCCAAAGGCUGCAGCGGGAUCUUCGUUCUGAGCAUAAGCUGACCCAAAAGGAAGCGGAAGAGACAAGCAGGAGGCUGCAACUGGAGUGCGACCACCGCACAGCGCUGGAGCGGGACAAAGUGCGCCUGAUGGAGGAGGAGCGAACUCGGUUGCUCAAGCAGAUUACAGAUUGGGAGAACCGCUACAAGCAACUAGAGAAAGACUUCAAUCACUUCAGGGAACAACAGAACGUUAGACCUGAAGUUCGCCUGCAGUCUGAUGUCAACAUCCUGACUCUGGAAAAAGUGGAGCUGAAGCGCAAGCUUGACUACACCACAAAGUCCAAACUUCACUACAAGCAGCAGUGGGGACGCGCACUCAAGGAAUUGGCUCGCUUCAAACAGCUCGAGCAGGAGAAUGCCAUGAUGCGACUGAAGAAGCAGCAAGCAGAGUUGGACGCAAUGAGGUUGCGCUACGUGGCCAGCGAGGAGAAGGAGGUGGUCCGACAAGAGAGACAGGAACUGGGAGACAUGAGGAAUACUCUAAACAGGCUAAGACAGCAGGAAGAUGUAGGCCCUGCUUCCUCGGCGCCGGUCCCCAGUUUGAAGCGUGACGCCGAGGAGCACCUGAGCCGCCUUCUGGAGGAGCGUGACACUCUUCUACGGACUGGUGUCUACGGACAAGAUGACCGCAUCAUUGCUGAGCUCAACCGGCAGAUUGGCGACAUCAUGGUCGAUGCCAGCUGACGGUCGGUAGGCGCUUAGGCAAUGGGAAAGGUUCUGCCUGCUGUGUGCUGACCAAGCCCAACGUGUGCUGUACAAGUAGCAUUUUAAUCACUGGCUGCCAUUGACGGCGCUAGAUAUCUAAUCCAUUUUGACUGUGAGAGCAACUGAUCACUGUCUACUGUCCCAGUCAAAAUGGACUGGACGUCUAGCGCUGUCAAUGGCACAGAAUAAUGAAUGUCAAUGUCAUCACACUUUCAAUGGAUUUGAUGUAUUUCAUUGUUAACGGUCGACAAAGAGUUACUGAUCACAAGAGCUUUUAUUUAUUUAUAUCUGUAAGAUAGACAUUUUCGAGUGAAACACUGUUUUGGAUUUGAAACUUGAUUAUCAAUAAAGUUUCAGAUUUUUUUUUUGUCUGA